AUGGCCACCAACAUCGACGCCGCUCGUGUCGCGUACACUCGCGCCAACACGACCAUGAAAGCCUGCACUUUCCGCCUCGCCUCCGCCAACGCAACCCUCUAUGCAGCGCAAUCCACCUACCGCGCCGCCCUCGCAGACCUGAAGAACGAAGUCGAGAACGCCCAACUCCUGGCAGACAAAGCCAGCGCCGAGAUGAAAUUCGCUCAGCACUCUGUCAAGGAGAACGAAGCCGCGCUCGUGAAAGCUCAAGAUGCUGAAGGCGAUGCCAAGCAAGUUCUCAACCAGGCUCUGGCUGCCAGGUCCAGACGUGUGAACAAGCAUGAUGUGUUCGAGCCUGCGCUGCCGGCCGAAGAUGCGCCAGUGCUUCCCCAAUCCGCGGCGGAAAAGUAUAUCGCCACCGCCGAAGCGGCGUUCGAAGAUCUGGAGAACCUAGAUGAGUUUCCCGAGCCUGAAGCAGAACCCUGCGGCAACGCCUCCUGUGCUCGUAACGCGUCCAGUCGUGCUUUGACAGCUUGUCCGCACAAUCUGGCUGCGGGACUCGCAGGUCUUAGUGCCAAGAAUCUCAAAGCCGCGAAGAAGGUAUUUUCUCCUGAGCAAUUUGGAGGAAAUACUGGAUUCAAGAAUAAGGCGUAUGAGGUUUGUGCUGCGAUUGAUAAACUCAUUGCUGCGCAAAUUCUGAACCAGACGCCGAGAUGGCAGCAGGGAAAGGCUUUUGACAAGAAUCGUCGGAUGGACAGGGGUCAUUGA